AUGGACUCCCUUAAGGCCACUUACAGAGACGAAGAUGAUGAAGAUUCCUCCAACAACAACACUACCAGCACCACCAGCAAUGGUCUCACUGAACCUAUCCGACCCAGCACCACUAUGACCACCGUUACCCCCACCACAAUUACCACCCCAGAUACCGAACCUGAACCUCUAAAUGGCAUCAAAGAAGAACCCAUUGGCUACCCAUCUUCUGAGGAAAUCUACGAGGACAACCCACAAACUCAAGAACCCCAAGAAGGUUCAGAAAACCUCAAAGAUUCGCCCAAAUUCACCAAAGUCUCCGAAACCGAAGACGAGGAGGAAGACGAAGACGAAGACCCACCUCCCAAAAAGCAAAAACAACUCUCCUCGUUGACAUCGCCGGUCACACCUAAACCAGAACGCCAAGAAUCUCAAGAAACAGCGGCAGUUCCUAUACCAACAACACAACCCACAACAGCAAUGCCAAAACCGUCCGUUGCUUCAAGCAAGAAAUCGAAGAAGAAGGGCAACAAUGUGUGGACGAAAUCCACAUCAAGAAAAGGUAAAAAGAAAAUCAAGUGCAAUAACCAUAACAACCAAACAGAGGAUACAGUUUUGAUCACUCCAAUUCCGAGGUUUCCUGAUAAGAAUGAUGAUAGCCCGGAUAUGGAAAUCUGUCUUUCGAAGGUUUACAAGGCUGAAAAGGUUGAAUUGAGCGAGGAUAGAUUGAGUGCUGGGAGUACAAAAGGGUACAGAAUGGUAAGGGCCACAAGGGGGGUAAUGGAGGGGACAUGGUAUUUUGAGAUUAAGGUGGUGCAACUAGGUGAGACAGGGCAUACCAGACUCGGGUGGUCAACAGAGAAAGGGGACUUACAGGCGCCUGUUGGGUAUGAUGGGAAUAGUUUUGGGUAUAGGGACAUUGAUGGGACUAAGAUACAUAAGGCUUUGAGGGAGAAGUAUGGUGAGGAAGGGUAUAAAGAAGGUGAUGUUAUUGGGUUUUACAUCAAUUUGCCAGAGGGGAAUUCGUAUGCGCCAAAGCCACCCCAUUUGGUUUGGUAUAAGGGACAAAGGUAUGUGUGUGCACCAGAUUCAAAAGAAGAUCCUCCAAAAGUAGUGCCUGGAAGUGAGAUAUCCUUCUUCAAAAAUGGGAUUUGUCAAGGUGUUGCUUUCAAGGAUCUGUAUGGUGGUCGUUAUUAUCCUGCAGCUUCCAUGUAUACUCUUCCCAAUCAACCCAAUUGUCUUGUCAAAUUCAACUUUGGCCCUGAUUUUGAAUUUUUCCCGGAAGACUUCGGUGACCGGCCUGUCCCGAGACCCAUGAUAGAAGUUCCUUAUCAUGGCUUCGAUGGCAGAAUUGAGAAUGGUGUGUCCAACGAGAAGAAACAUUAGCUGUAAAGCAGAUUAUCACAUAUUUACAUAAUAUAUGCGGAAUUGGGGGUUGACUGAACUUAAUUUCUUCUGGAAUUUUGAUAAUGCUUAUGUGAUGACUGACUACUGAACAGUCCGAUUGUUUGUAAUUGCUACUUCUCUA